AUGGGAUUCGUGCAGCAGCUGCAGCGGAAACAGCCUUGGCGUCGAUUCGUCCACCUCGGCAAGUGGCACCUUCCCUUCUGGCUCGGGCUCGACACCUUCGUGCGGAAUGGUGAACGGGCUUCCGACGUGGUGCUGACCGAUGCAAAGCGGUAUGGACUGCACGCCUUGGACAACACGGCUCCUCCGCUGGUCCACUGCGGCGAACGUCGCAUGCGCGUCGCAUCGUCGUUCAGAGGGCAGCCAGCUGCCCGCAACGCUCCGGCGUGCGCGGGCACUCAGCAGCCUUUGGGCGCCUGUGACUUUCUCUACUACCGUGUAUCCGCUGAGAAACUCGCACGUUGGUGUGCUGGCAACGUGAGCCAAACUCGAUGGAUCGACCCGAAACCCGCUGGGGCGGGCAAGGGCGACAACUCUCCUCUCAGAUCGUCCAUAGACAUCAGCUCGCGAACGAGAUCUUCUGACGAGAGGCUAGCAGAGGAAGCUGCGGGCGCGUUGCGAGCGUUUGGGCAGGACGCCUUCUUCCUCAGCGUGAGUUUCGAAGGAGCGCAUCCGCCGUGGAGCGUCCAGCAGAGGUACAUCGGACCGCGUUCAGAUCUCACGCAAAAGUCGCUCGUGGUUGCAGUUUACCGUGCCAUGGUUGCUCGAGUCGACGAGCAGAUCGGCAGGGUUAUGACAGCACUCGAGGAGCUUGGGCUGUCAGAGUCAACGCUGAGCAUCUUUACUAGCGACCACGGCGCCCUCCCGAAGCGCCAUCAGACCGGGAGCUGGAUGGUCGAAAAGGUCGACGAAGGAACGCGUAUGCGUGAGGGCGUUCGGCGUGUCCCCAUGCUCCUCAAGUUUCCUGGCCGAGUGCCGGAGGGCGCUAUUGUGAGAUCGUGGGCGAACCGCAGCAUCUUGCUUCUCAUCCGGCAAGCUCAGUGGAAGCUCAGCGUGACCGUUAGUGAGGCGCAGCUCCUGGCUCACCGAAGCCACGUGCGCCUCGCAGUGUCCCCCUUCUCGGGACUCCCGAGUGUGGCAUGCCGGCCGAGCUGGUGUCGAGACAUGCGCCUGCUGAACACGGAAACGGCGAGUGUGAUGGCCUUGGGCGAGUCUGGAGACGAGGAGGAUGACGAGAUGGCGAGCCCAUCGGCACGCGCAGCCAAAUCGCACGGACAUUGGAAAUGCUGCUCGUGGGGCGGACCCGCGGUCAGCAAGCUGGAGCUGGCGCAGAGUCUCCUAGCCUUUGGCAGAGACGAGCACGAGACCGUCUUUGAGUGCUCGGGCUUGACUGCGUUGGAGAGCACGACGGGCGCGCUCUAG